AACACCGUCUUGUUUAUUUCCUUCUCUGUCUGGUUUGUCUAUCAUAGCCGAAAUGUUCGAGAAAAGGCGACAUUAAAAAAUAAGUUAGUUCAUUCAAAAAGAGACUUUCCAUCCGCAGCCGUUAGCUCAGGACGGACUGUAUCAUGGAGGCAGCUGAAGGUUUGAGCAGUGCCACUCCCACCGAGGAGAUGAACGGGGCUGGAAACCUGAUGGACUUCCUGGACGAGCCUUUUCCUGAUGUGGGCACGUAUGAAGACUUCCACACCAUCGACUGGCUGAGGGAAAAAUCCAGAGACACAGACCGCCACCGCAAGAUCACCAGUAAGAGCAAAGAGUCAAUGUGGGAGCUGAUUAAGAGUCUGCUGGAUGCCUGGUCAGGAUGGGUGGUGAUGCUGCUCAUUGGUCUCCUCUCAGGUACGCUGGCCGGAGUGAUCGACCUGGCUGUAGACUGGAUGACGGACCUGAAGGAAGGCGUGUGUCUGUCUGCUUUCUGGUACAGCCACGAGCAGUGCUGCUGGACUUCCAACGAGACGACGUUCGACGACCGAGACAAAUGCCCGCAGUGGCAGAAGUGGGCCGAGCUGAUGACCGGACACGCUGAGGGAGCUGGAGCGUAUGUGUUGAACUACUUUCUGUACAUCCUGUGGGCUCUGCUGUUUUCCUUCCUGGCGGUGUCACUGGUACGAGUGUUCGCUCCGUACGCCUGCGGCUCAGGAAUCCCAGAGAUCAAGACAAUCCUCAGCGGCUUCAUCAUCCGGGGCUACCUGGGGAAAUGGACCCUGCUCAUCAAGACGGUCACCCUGGUCCUGGCCGUGUCUUCAGGUCUCAGCCUGGGAAAGGAGGGACCUCUGGUGCACGUGGCCUGCUGCUGUGGAAACCUCUUCUGCAGCCUCUUCUCCAAGUACAGCAAGAACGAGGGCAAGCGGAGAGAGGUGUUAUCAGCUGCAGCGGCGGCGGGAGUGUCGGUGGCUUUUGGAGCGCCUAUAGGAGGAGUUCUGUUCAGCUUGGAAGAGGUCAGUUAUUAUUUCCCUCUGAAGACUUUGUGGCGUUCCUUCUUCGCCGCUCUAGUCGCUGCCUUCACCCUGCGCUCCAUCAACCCGUUUGGCAACAGCCGCCUGGUGCUGUUCUACGUGGAGUACCACACUCCGUGGUACAUGGCCGAGCUGGUUCCCUUCAUCCUGCUGGGCGUGUUCGGCGGCCUCUGGGGGACGCUCUUCAUCCGGGCCAACAUCGCCUGGUGCCGCCGGAGGAAGACCACCCAGCUGGGGAAGUACCCGGUCCUGGAAGUCAUCGCCGUGACGGGUAUAACCGCUCUGCUGGCGUACCCCAACCCGUACACCCGCCGCAGCACCAGCGAGCUCAUCUCCGAGCUCUUCAACGACUGCGGCGCUCUGGAGUCCUCGCAGCUCUGCGAUUACGUUAACAACCCCAACAUGAGUCGACCGGUGGACGACAUCCCAGACCGACCGGCCGGGCCCGGGGUUUACAACGCUCUGUGGCAGCUCGCCCUCGCUCUCAUCUUCAAGAUCGUCAUCACCAUCUUCACCUUCGGCAUGAAGAUCCCGUCAGGUCUGUUCAUCCCCAGCAUGGCGGUGGGAGCGAUCGCCGGGCGAAUCGUGGGCAUUGCUGUGGAGCAGAUGGCGUACCACCACCACGACUGGAUCAUCUUUAAGAACUGGUGCCGACCCGGCGCCGACUGCGUCACACCGGGACUCUACGCCAUGGUGGGAGCCGCCGCCUGUCUGGGUGGCGUGACGAGGAUGACGGUCUCCUUGGUGGUCAUCAUGUUUGAGCUCACUGGCGGACUGGAGUACAUCGUCCCUCUGAUGGCCGCCGCCGUCACCAGUAAGUGGGUGGCGGACGCUUUCGGGAAGGAGGGAAUCUACGAGUCACACAUCCAGCUCAACGGCUACCCUUACCUGGACGUGAGGGACGAGUUCACCCACCGCACCUUAGCCACCGACGUGAUGCGGCCCCGCAGGAACGACCCCCCUCUGGCCGUCCUCACUCAGGACAGCACCACGGUGGAGGAUGUGGAGACGCUGAUCAAAGACACGGACUAUAACGGCUUCCCGGUGGUCGUGUCCCGAGAGUCGGAGAGGCUCAUCGGCUUCGUCCAGCGCAGGGAUCUCACACUCGCCAUCAAGACCGCCCGUCAGAAGCAGGACGGCGUAGUGAGCAGCUCGGUGGUCUACUUCACUGAGGACGCGCCGCAGUUACCGGCUAGCAACCCGCAGCAGCUGAAGCUCCGUCGCAUCCUGAACCUCAGCCCCUUCACCGUCACCGACCACACGCCCAUGGAGACGGUGGUGGACAUCUUCCGCAAGCUGGGCCUCCGUCAGUGUCUGGUCACCCGCAGCGGGCGUCUCCUGGGCAUCAUCACCAAGAAGGACGUUCUGCGUCACAUGGCUCAGAUGAUGAACCAGGAUCCAGAGUCCAUCAUGUUCAAUUAGUGAGCCUGACGAGCUUCACUGCAACGGUGUAAAUAGGUGAAACUGGUGCAACGCUACUGUACUGCAACCUGUGAAAAGUCCCUCCACCUUCCCGACAGGCAAGUCCCCACAACAGCAGCUCCUCUCCAUGUGUGAAUAUGUUUAAUUCAAGGUAGCCAGUGGCAGAGAGGUUCCACUUUACUUUUUAACAUUUCAAAAGAUUCCCAGAAGAGUCAGCGUUUUUAAAGACUGAAAAGAAAAAGGUAGGUGGUUCCGGCCUCGAUUGGACAGAGCGCUUUUUAAAAGGUUGCACUAUAUUUUUUUUUGUUAAAGCUACAAUAAUAAAAAAAGAGCAGCAUGUUUUCUGCUCAGAUCACGGUUGAAGGCCCGCCUCUCAUUUAAUCUUAUUGGGCAAUGUGACAUAAAUAAAGCUUUACUCUCUUUUUAAAACAAUUACAAAAAGCUCUCUGUCUGAUCGGAGCCUCAAAAACACACGAGCUGGUCACCUGUUGCCAUCAACGCUGAGAGACGGGAGUGCCAAACUCUGGGUGUUGCUGCUAGUUUAGAUUUUAAAACUGGAGGGAAACAUAAUGAGACAAAGCUGAGGAAUGUAUGUAAGAGGAGCUGUAGUUCAGAGUCACAGGGUUGCUGCUCAGUAAUUUAAUCUAAUAACAAUCAUCUCAUAAACUUUCAGUCCCAAAGUGUAUCAGGAGAACUUCAGACACUGCUACUUCCUGUUUGUAACCAGCUGAGGGACGAUUGGAGGUAAACGGUUCCAAAAAAAGGUGCGCUUGAUGAAAGACCCCUUGAAAUCUUGUGUAUAAUGUAGCUGUAGAUUAUGUGUUUUAAUGCUUCAAAAUGCUUUAAAGUCAACUUCCACUUCUAAUCCCGCCUGUUUGUCGCCAUGACGUCACAGAAUCGUCUUGUUCGUCACACUAAACGCGUCACUGUCUGAAGAUCUGAAGCUUUAUCAACACACUUUACGGUUGCUUAUUUAACCCUUAAACAGGCAGGAGUGGA